AUGACUGAGAGCCUUGACCUGUCUCUUGCUACCCGCCCGAGCAACUUGACGGCUGUGGGUGGCCUGAUCCAAGACAUCAAUGAUCUGCAGAAGAAGCUAGUCGAGGGAGACGAGGAAACACGCCAUGAACUGGUCAUCAAGACUCGCAGCCUUCUUCAGUCCCUCCAAACACCACGUGAGCAAAUGGUACAGCACACGUGGGCGGACCCGGGACUCAACGCAGCUUUGAUCACUGGAGUCGACACUGGCCUAUGGAAGCUCAUGGCCCAAAAUGGUGUCAAUCAGCCCCAAAAAGUGGGCGCUCUGGCCGAGACUCUCAGAGUUGAUCCGGUACUUCUUGGACGUCUUUUGCGUCACGUCUGCGCCAUGGGUCAUUUGAAGGAGACAGCGCAGGAUGAGUACAUACUCACCAACUUUACCAAGUCAUUGGCCCUAGAUGUCAUCGGCGACGGCUAUGUUGCGCUGUAA